UGCUGGAUUCCAUCAGUGCCCUGGUCCUGGACUUGGAUUAUCCUGCACUACGCAAGAAUAAAAACAUUGAAACCUUCUUAAACAGAUAUGAGAAUGUCAUGGGACAAAUGCAGGACCUCCAGAUGAAAUCUGAUGACUUUGACAGGGUUAAAGUUAUUGGUCGAGGUGCAUUUGGGGAGGUUCAACUGGUCAGACAUAAGGACUCUCGGAAGGUGUAUGCCAUGAAGGUGUUGAGCAAAUUUGAGAUGCUGAAGCGCUCCGACUCUGCUUUCUUCUGGGAAGAGAGGGACAUCAUGGCUUUUGCCAACAGUCCUUGGGUUGUGCAGUUGUGCUGUGCUUUCCAAGAUGAACACUAUCUCUACAUGGUGAUGGAAUACAUGCCAGGAGGCGACCUGGUCAAUCUCACCAGCACCUACGAUGUGCCGGAGAAAUGGGCUAAGUUCUACACCGCAGAGGUGGUGAUGGCCUUGGACGCUAUUCACUCCAUGGGCUUCAUUCACCGUGAUGUCAAGCCAGACAACAUGCUCCUGGACAGACUGGGACACCUGAAGCUGGCUGACUUCGGCACGUGCAUGAAGAUGGACGCUACUGGCAUGGUGCACUGUGAGACAGCGGUCGGCACCCCGGACUACAUCUCUCCAGAGGUGCUGAAAUCCCAGGGAGGCGAUGGGUUUUAUGGUAGAGAGUGUGACUGGUGGUCUGUCGGGGUCUUCAUCUUUGAGAUGCUUGUUGGUGACACGCCAUUCUACGCCGACUCUCUAGUGGGAACCUACAGCAAGAUCAUGGAUCAUAAGAACUCCCUCAACUUUCCUGAUGAUGUGGAUAUUUCCAAAGAUGCCAAAAAUAUCAUCUGUGCCUUCCUCACUGACAGGGAUGUACGAUUGGGCAGGAAUGGAGUGGAAGAAAUCAAGCGACACCCUUUCUUCAAGAAUGACCAGUGGACAUUUGACACCAUCAGAGAAUCGGUUGCUCCAGUUGUCCCAGAGCUGAGCAGUGACAUCGACACCAGUAACUUCGAUGAGAUAGAAGAUGACAAAGGAGAUGUUGAAACUUUCCCCACACCGAAGGCCUUUGCUGGAAAUCAGUUACCCUUUGUUGGCUUCACGUACUUCAAAGAAGACCAGCUUCUAAAUGCAUCGAAUAAUUCAGCAGUUAUUCAUGAGAAUUCAAAAGGAGAGUCGGCAGCACUGCAGAAGAAACUUCACCACCUGGAAGUCCAGACGAAUAAUGACAAGCAGGUCAUAGAUGAUCUACAGCAAAAAUACAGAGCCGCCACGAGUCGUCUAGACAAAAUCUCCAAAGAACUUGAGGAAGAGGUGAACAGCAGAAAGAAUCUAGAGUUGAAUCUGAGGCAGCUGGAGAGGGAGAAGGCCCUGCUGCAGCACAAGAGCCUGGAGAGCCACCGUAAGGCCGAGAACGAGGCUGACAGGAAACGCUGCCUGGAAAAUGAAGUCAACAGUCUUCGAGAUCAGCUGGACGACUUAAAGAAAAGAAACCAGAAUUCCCACAUUUCCAAUGAGAAGAACAUUCAUCUGCAGAGGCAGCUGGAGGAAGCCAACACGCUGCUGCGAGCGGAGUCUGAGGCGGCAACGAGGCUCCGUAAAUCCCAGACGGAGAGCAGCAAGCAGCUGCAGCAGCUGGAGGCCAACGUGCGCGAAGCGCAGGACAAGUGCUGCCUGCUGGAGCGCAGCAAGCUGAGCCUGGAGAAGGAAUGCAUCAGUCUGCAGGCCGCGCUGGAGGCUGAGAGGAGGGAGCACAGCCAGGGCUCGGAGACCAUCAGCGACCUGAUGGGACGUAUUUCUGGCCUGGAGGAGGAGGGACGCCAGCAGAGACAGGCUCUGUCCAAAGCUGAGACGGAGAAGAGACAACUUCAGGAGAAACUCACUGAUCUGGAGAAGGAGAAGAGCAACAAGGAGAUUGACCUGACCUACAAGCUGAAGGUGCUGCAGCAGGAACUGGAGCAGCAGGAGGUCUCCCAUAAGGCCACUAAGGCACUACUGACAGAUAAGAGCAAGAUGAAGGAAACCAUUGAGGGGGCCAAGUCAGAGUCCAUGAAGGAGCUGGAGCAGAAGCUGGCCGAGGAGCGAGCGUCCAAACUUCGGCUGGAGAACCAGAUGUUGGAGCUGGAGAAGCACAGCAGCAUGAUGGACUGCGACUACAAACAGGCUCUGCAGAAGCUGGAUGAGCUGCGCCGACACAAGGACCACCUCACUGAGGAGGUGAAGAAUCUGACGCUGAAGAUUGAGCAGGAGACCCAGAAGCGUAACCUGAUUCAGAACGACCUGAAGGCCCACAACCACCAGCUCAGCUCACUGCGAACCUCCGAGAAACAGCUCAAGCAGGAAAUGAAUCACCUGCUGGACAUUAAACGCAGCUUAGAGAAACAGAACCAAGAGCUGCGCAAAGAAAGACAAGACACAGACGGACAAAUGAAGGAGUUACAAGACCAGCUGGAAGCCGAGCAGUAUUUCUCUACGUUGUAUAAAACUCAGGUUCGGGAACUAAAGGAGGAGUGUGAGGAGAGGAACAACCUCUACAAAGAUGUGCAGCAGUCUCUGCAGGAGCUGCAGGAGGAGCGGGAGUCACUAGCAGCCCAGCUGGAGAUCACGCUGACGAAGGCCGACUCCGAGCAGCUGGCACGCUCCAUAGCUGAGGAGCAGUACUCAGACCUGGAGAAGGAGAAGAUCAUGAAGGAGCUGGAGCUGAAGGAGAUGAUGGCCCGCCAUCGUCAGGAGUUAGCUGAGAAGGACAUCACCAUCAAUUCACUCGAGGAAGCUAAUCGCACCCUGACCAACGACGUUGCCAACUUAGCCUACGAGAAGGAGGACCUGAACAACAGACUGAAGGAGGCAGUCGACGAGAUGGAAAAGUCAAAGAAUUGGGAACAGCAGAUCUGCCAGAUGAGGCAGGUUUUUGAGAAGCAGCUGCAGUCAGAGAGAACCCUGAAGACUCAGGCUGUCAAUAAGCUGGCAGAGAUCAUGAACAGGAAGGAAGUGCGUGGUGGAGGCAGUCGCCGCGGUAACGACACAGACAUGCGGCGGAAGGAGAAGGAGAACAGGAAGCUGCAGUUGGAGCUGAGGUCGGAGAAGGAAAAACUCAACAGCACCAUCAUCAAAUACCAGCGAGAGAUCAAUGACAUGCAGGCGCAAUUAUCUGAAGAGAGCCAGAUGCGCAUCGAGCUGCAGAUGGCUCUGGACAGUAAGGACAGUGACAUCGAACAGCUGAGGAAUCUUCUGCAGUCUCUCAGUGUUCAGUCAAUGGACUCUGCCAGCGUCAGCAGCGGGCCGGAGUUUGACGCUGAUGACGCUUAUACGGAAACCAGACUUGAGGGCUGGCUCUCCCUGCCUGUGAGAAACAACACCAAGAAGUUUGGAUGGGAGAAAAAGUACGUCGUCGUGAGCAGCAAGAAGAUUCUCUUCUACAACAGUGAGCAGGACAGAGAGCAGUCCAUUCCCUACAUGGUGCUGGACAUAGAUAAACUGUUCCACGUGAGGCCUGUCACUCAGACCGACGUGUACCGGGCUGACGCCAAGGAGAUUCCGAGGAUAUUCCAGAUUCUUUAUGCAAAUGAGGGUGAAAGCAAGAAGGAGCCCGAGUUUCCCGUGGAGCCGUUGGCCAUUGGAGAGAAGUCCAGUUGCAUCUGCCACAAGGGUCACGAGUUCAUCCCCACGCUGUACCACUUCCCCACCAACUGUGAGGCUUGCACCAAGCCACUGUGGAACAUGUUCAAGCCGCCGCCUGCUCUGGAGUGCCGGCGCUGCCACAUCAAGUGCCACAAGGACCACAUGGACAGGAAGGAAGAGAUCAUCGCUCCUUGCCGAGUGAACUACGAUGUGUCUACGGCAAAAAACUUACUCCUGCUGGCCGCCUCCCAGGAGGAGCAGCAGAAGUGGGUUAGCCGGCUGGUGAAGAAGAUUCCAAAGAAGCCUCCAGCAUCGGAGCAGUUUGCCCGUUCCUCGCCACGCGCCUCCAUGAAGGUCCAAUCUAGCCAGUCCAUGAGGAGACCCAGUCGACAGAUCCCUUCCGGCAAGAGCAGUUAACCCUGCUGGGAGCGUGUUUGAACUUCAAGGUGGUGGGGUGUGUUGUUUCCGCUUAAAUUCCAGACUGAUCCACAGCUCCACUGGUACCAAAGCCCACCCUGCCCCGCUUCAGCAUCUGAUUUGUGGGAGUCCGUCUCAGCCCGUGAUGGUUGCGGCGGGUUGGACGGCUUCGUGGCUCUUCAGCGGGCCUUCGAUGUGCGUCUGGGAGCUGGCGUCGCUGCUUCAGCUGACCAGAAGAGGAGAACACUCUGAACUCUUCCUCACCACCUUGGAGCUUAUUUGUGGCCAAAUGCAAAAGACAUUCCUGUGUUUAAUGAUUGUGACGACUAUGAAGGUGGAACACUACAGACAGGAAGGAACAAAUUCUGACACUCUAUUGGCUGAAAUCAGAUGAGGUUCUUAAACUUGAUCCUGGAUUCAGGAUCUUGAAGUUUAUCAAACGUAACACUUGAUUGUAGCUUCCCGCGGUUCUGUUUCCAGGUUUGUUACACGCGCUCAGAUCCUUAAGAUGCCCAAGCGCCUGUUUGUCCCAUUUGUGGGUCCAACUUGCUGUCAGUGACGGAGAUGGUUCGAAGUGUCCAGAAAGUUGGUGUGAGGGGUGUUAGACAGUCACACGCUCACGCACCUGCACGGUCGGUGUUUACAGCUCGCGGUUGCACCGUCGAGGCUUUCCUGCUCCUGUAUCCUUUGAAUGUACAUCUGGGCUUCACCGGAGACGACACGCACGCAUUGUAUCACGUCUAAAGUACUUUAUCGCCGACCCGUGUGAACGUGCACGCCACCACCUGGUAGCACUUGGUUUUUAAGUCAUUCAGCAGGAAACAGUCCGGCUGUAAUCAUAUUGCACCAAUCACAACUCGGCAGCACCAACCCAAGUUGGGUUUUUUGGGGGGGGUUGUUUGUUUUUCUGCCUAAAAGUGUCUGUUCUGAUAUUUUUGUAUUAAAAGAAACCAAAUUGU